AUGGAAGAUCUUGUCGAAGCCUUUCCAAUGCUUUCUGAGGCCAGAGCAUGCAUAGUCCAAGGGGAAUUUGAGCACGGGAUCGAGAUAUACAGCGAAAUUCUCAAGGAUAUGAAUCCCGACGACGAAAGGAUUCCCUAUCUGUAUAUUGAGUAUGCGGAUGCUCUUGUCAAGAGUUCCAACAUGUUUUUUAUCGAGGAGAUAUCCAAGAUUAGCGGAAAGAAAGGAUUAAACCUGGAGGAGAGAAAGGUGGCGGAGGAUGAUCUAGAGAUCGCAUGGAACCUGCUGGAGAUAUGUAAGAAUGCAUUUAGCAUAUUGAAGGAUUACUCGAUGCUGGCAAGAACAAGGUUUCUGUUGGGGGAGAUCUGUUUGUUGAACAACGAGUUCCGGAGUGGUCUGCACGAAUUUGUUGAGUGUGUUGCGGUGAUGGACAAGAUAUACGAGAAAGACUGUUUUAAGUAUGCAGAUGUGUACCAGUCUCUUGCAAACUGCUACGAGUUUCUGGAGGACUUUGAAAGAGGAAGAGAGUAUUAUGACAAAGCAAUAGGGAUAUACAGGGCUGAGCAAGAGAGAAGGGAAUCUGAAGAGGAGAAGAACGAAAUCUGCGAUGUGAUAACGGAGCUUCUUCAAAAGGCGACUGAGCUGAAGUAUAAGAAGGAAAAGCUUGAGAACACAGAUCUACCUGACGAGCCUGAAUCUGAUGAUAUAUUCAUCGAUAUAAAUGCUUGUAAACGCAAUAAAAAAUAA